AUGCCUGCCUUCAGCAAGAUCCAGAAAGCAAGGUUGCGUGUGAGACUUGUACCAAGACGAACAUGGCUAUGGUCUUUGGAGAGAUCACCACAAAAGCAAAAUCAAUUAACAUUGAGCAGCAGAGCCCUGAUAUUGCACAGGGUGUGCGUGGUCAUCUCACGAAGCGCCAUUAGGGUUCCAGUUCGCGUACACACUGUUCUAAUUUCCACACAUAAUGAUGAAACUGUUGCCAAUGAUGAGAUUGCUGAUAACCUCAAAGAGCAUGUUAUCAAGCCAGUCUUCCCUGAGAAGAACCUUGAUAAGAAAACCAUACUUCACCCCAAUCCACACGGUGAUGCUGCAUUUACUGGGCGUCAAAUUAUUAUCGAUACUUAUGGUGGUUGGGGUGCACAUGGUGGUGGUGCCUUCUCCGGCAAGGACCCUACCAAGGUAGACAGGAGUGGAGCCUAUAUUGUUAGGCAGGCAGCCAGGAGCAUUGUUGCAAGUGGUCUUGCUCGCCGAUGCAUUGUUUUAGUCUCUUAUGCUAUAGGUGUGCCCGAACCAUUGUCAGUUCUUGUUAAUACAUGUGGCACAGGAAAGAUCCCAGAUAAGGAAAUCCUCAGCAUCGUGAAGGACAACUUCGAUUUCAGACCCGGAAUGAUCGCCAUUACCUUGUAUCUUAAGAUGGGUGGCAAUGGCAGGUUCUUGAAGACAGCUGCUUAUGGUCACUUUGGAAGGGAUGACCCUCACUUUACAAGGGAGGUUGUGAAGCCCCUGAAAUAUCAGAAGCCCCAAGUGUAAAAUCAUGACAUGCAUGGCCUGUAAUCAAUAAUUUGCUUGUUCUAGCCACCAGCUCGAAAACCCAAGAGUCUUCCAGUAGUUUUCUUGCCUUUUCUGCUUAUUUAUUUUAUUUUGAAGGUUUUGUAUGCUUUUUCCAUACAGUAUAAGAAAUACAUGUGGAGUUUUGAGUUUUAGUUAAAAACAAGAAGACGGGAGAGAAGAGCUGCCUUGUCACCUUGAAACUUCAUGAGAUUGUAAGUAGAGAAUACGGAUGUAACACUGUAAAAGGAUGAACUGCAGAAAAAAUGAAUUUCAUGGUGGAAUAAGAUGGUUGUUCAACUUCCACACUUCACCAUGUUUUGUCUGCCUUGUUCUCUUCUCACAUAGAUUUUCAGCAAAAACUAAUGCAAUGUUCAGGUACAGCGAGAUGACCUUGCUCGAACUAUCAUCAUCUUUCUACUCAGUUGCUAAACUCUCUUGUUCGAAGCAUAGAACCAAAAAAGUACUCUCUGAAUUCAAAUGAUGAUAUAGCAGGAUUUUGAUGGGUUGAUAAUGAGUAAAUGUCUCUUUUAUUAUAAGCC